AUGUUGAUUCUCUUGAUAUAUCUCGUGUUACAGAAAACGUCGAAGUGUUCGUCAACACCAUGCGAAAAUGGAGCGAAGUGUAUCGAAGUUGAAAAUACAUUCAAAUGCGAAUGCCUGCCAGGAUUUGAGGGUAUCCUUUGCGACAUGCAGAAAAAUAUGUGCGAAACGAAUCCAUGCAAAAACGGAGCAACUUGCCUGUCAAAAGAGGACGAUUUCGAAUGCUUAUGCACUGACAGCUUUGAAGGUCGAACCUGCGAUGAUUUCAAGGAUUUCUGUAUAACACUGCCUUGUGUUCAUGGCGAAUGUCGACCAGUGAUUGGUGAUUUUCUAUGCGAUUGUGAACCGGGUUGGAAGGGUGCACGCUGUGACAUUGACAUCGAUGAAUGUAUGCGAUUCCCAUGCAUGCACGACGGAAAUUGCACCAACACUCCCGGCUCUUAUCGCUGCUCAUGCGACAGCUAUCAUCUA